CAGCGGUGUGCUCAGAACCGGGCGCUCACACAUGCGGUGUCAUCACACAGUGUGGCACACUUUCAGCAGAGCUCCAGCAGAACUGGAGGACAACAAGAGGGGGGAGAAUUUGGUUCCAGCCCUACAGCCGCCUUCAAACUGCAGGCAUGAGGUGGUGGCUGCUUGUUGCCAGUCUGUCCACGAUGGUGGUCGUUACCAUCCCUUACUCUCAGGCGGGGGGGAGGCAUCCCCGUCCAGACGCUGAGAGCCACAGAGGGAAGAGAAAGCGGGAAAGAUCAGGUCAUGGCAGGUCCAGAGGAGGACCAAGACCCCUGAAGAUCAGACUGGUUCCUGGUCCAAACACUCCCAUGGAGCCGAUGGAAAAGCAAAGGUACAGCGGCUUAGUAAACAAGAGGAAUAUCCAAGAACAGCGGCUCAUCUACAGCGUUAUUCCAGUUCCAAAUGACCCCAAUGAGGCCACAACCCUGCUGACCCCGGAGGAGAUUCAGCGAAUCGUCUGGUGGGAGGAGGAGGAGCGCCAAAAGGAGGAAGAACAUCAGAGGAAGAAGGAGGAAGCAAGAAAAAAAAGAAAGAGGGAAAGGAAAGAGAAGGAGGAGAGACAGAAUAAGAUAGCUGAAGAGGGGAGAAGGAGGGAAGAGGAAGCACUGAGGGCGCAAAUAGAGAAGGAAAAGGAAGAGUGGAGGAGGGAGGUAAAAGAAAGGGAGGACAAAAAAAUGCAAGAAGAGAAGAUGAGGAAAGAAGAGGGUGAAAGGCGAGAAAAAGAGAGAGAAAAAAGAGAAAAGGAAAGGAUUUUUGAGGAGGAAAGGAUUAGUGAGCAAGAAGCAAAGGAGGAGGAGGAGGAGGUGUGGCUGAGAGGUGAUGUCUUUCAGAUGCCUCCAAAAGAGCUAGACCUCCCUUCAACUACAAUCUCAAAGGCUCCUUCAACAGACCACAAGCGGAGGGAGGCAGAAACAGGGGAUGAGGAGGAAGUCAGGCUGGUGGAAAACAGAGGAGGCCUCCCACCAGGCUGUGACAUCUCUGAUGUGACUGUGACUUGUGAGAAUGCUAAACUAACACACUUCCCUCCGCUGAGCAUCCCUGAGCUGAAAUCUCUCAGCCUGGAGGGCAACAACAUCAGCAGCAUCCCAGCACAAGCCUUCAAUGGAAUUCCCAGCCUGGAAUGGAUCAACCUGCGGAAAAACCAACUCACUUCUGCUGGCAUUCAUGCUGAAGCCUUCAAGGGACUGAAGAUGCUAAGACGCCUGUAUUUAGACGGGAAUCUUCUGGAGAGCGUGCCCUCAGACCUCCCCCCCACCCUGCAGGAGCUAAAGAUCAACGAAAACAGACUGAGAGGGAUAGAUGAAACCAGUUUCCAAGACAUGAGCAGCCUGGUGAUUCUGGAGCUGGAAGGAAACCUGCUGAGUGAGGGGAAUGUGGAUCCUCUGGCCUUUUCCCCUCUGAGCCAGCUCUCCUACCUUAGACUGGGACACAACUACUUCCGAACUGUUCCACAGGGCCUUCCAAAGUCUUUGCUGGAACUGUAUCUGGAGAACAACUUAAUAGAGGACAUCUCAGAGAGUGUUUUCAAUCAGACCACCAACCUGAAUGCAGUUUCUCUCAGACAUAACAAGCUUGAUGAGACUCGGAUCGCUCCAAUGGCUUGGAUCAACCACAGGAACUUGGAGUCUAUUGAUCUUUCACACAAUGAGUUCUACCUUGUCCCAUCCUUUCUUCCUACAUCGCUGGUCCACUUAGUGCUGGUGGGAAACAAGAUUGAGAGGAUACCUGGUUACGUGUUUGCCCACAUGAAUCCAGGCUUGGAGUACCUCUACCUCUCUUACAACAAGCUCGAUGGAGAGGGAACGGAACCAGAGUCCUUCUUUGGCACUUAUCAGUCCAUGGUGGAAAUGUGUUUGGACCACAAUCAGCUGAUCAAUGUACCUGCUGGCAUCAAUGAAAUGAUGGCUUUGCACUUCCUCAGACUCGAUAACAACAUGAUCAGGAGCAUCCCGGAAGACAGCAUCUGUGACCCAGAUAGCAAUGGGGAUACCAGCCUGGUGGCUUUGAGGCUGGAAAACAACUUUAUUAACUCCAACAAGAUCUCUCCCACAGCCUUCUCCUGCAUACGUGCUGCCUCAAGCGUGGUGUUAAAACCCCAGAAAGUGAAAAACUGAAACAACUACACACAAAACCAACAGAAGUGAGAAGAUAAACAUUUCCAUCACGAUCCGUCUUCCAGCCUAAACAAUAACAGAUAAAGACAGAAGGUUCAUGAUCAAACAUUUGAUGUAAAUGUUGAACAUGAGAUACAGUGAAGCAAAUAAAAAUUUGAACACUUGAUAAAA